AUGGAACAAGGAAAUUAAAAAUAAUAAUAAGAACAAAGAAUUUAAUUGAGAAAGGUAAGUUUUAAAAAACAUAAUUUAGUUUCCUUUUUAAACUAUUUUAUAUGAAUCUCAAAUAUAAAAUUUCAAAAAAGGAAGAAAUAAUGGACUGUUGUUAGGUUCAAGGAAUAUUAUUAAUUCUCUCAAUUGUUAGUCUUAUAAAGGAUAAUGGAAGUAAUAAUCCAAUAGAGCAAAGUUUUAGGAUAUUUAAAUCUAAUUUGUCUAAAAAAAAUGCUCAAGAUACUUAGAAAAGCUGAAUUAAUAAUGA